CAGGACUAUCGAAGCUGCUUAACCCUCAAGCGAUUAUACCGACACUUUCGUUAUCCUGCCAGGAGCUGAGAUCAUCUGAAAUUAAGGGAAACUGCGGAAACUAUUACAGUUCUUCUCAAAGACAGCUUGGUCAUGGCCGCGGAACUGACCUCAACGAAGCUUAAUGCUGAGAAUCAUCUUCUCCUGGACCAACCUCUUCUUCGACUUCCACAUGAACUUGCACGGAAGAAUUUUAAGUCAGUGCAACGGAUCGUUGAGCGCGAGAGAGACCAUGUCAUCCCCGCACUCAAGGAAGCUGCCAAUGCAUCCAUCUUCAACACACAGACUCCGGACCAGACGCUAGCAGCACUUGACGCUAUGAUAUUGCGCAUGCAGAGCCUGAAGCGAAAGAUGGAAACUUUGCAUGAAGAGGAGCAGAAGAUUCAGAUACAGUCGAGAAAGCGGAUACAACAUCUAGAUAGCCUCCACGACAUCCCGAGCCUGGCAGAUGUCAAGUACGACCAGUGGUCAAGAGUACGAUUGGAUAGGCUUCUGGUGGAUCAUAUGUUGCGCUCUGGUUAUUCAGAAAGUGCAAAACACUUAGCCAAGGAGAAAGGCAUUGAAGAUCUUGUGGAUCUCGACGUCUUCGUGCAGUGCCAGCGGAUUGCUGAGAGUCUACGUCGCGGGGAGACGAAGGAUGCUCUGCACUGGUGCGGUGAGAAUAAAGCCGCCUUGAAGAAGAGCCAGUACAACAUGGAAUUUGAGUUACGCCUCCAACAAUACAUUGAAAUGAUAAGGUCAGGGGAUAAAUCAAAGCUGGUUGAAGCUAUGGUGCAUGCAAAGAAGUAUCUCACGCCUUAUGCGGAAACCCAAUCCACGGAGAUACAUCGUGCUGCUGGAUUGCUCGCCUUUCCCGGGGAUACCAAGGCCGAGCCCUAUAAGUCAAUGUACUCACCAGACCGCUGGACUUACCUCUCCGAUCUUUUUGUCCGCACUCACAAUGAACUCCUAUCGCUGCCAUCACGGCCCCUAUUGCAUAUUGCCCUUUCUGCUGGGCUAUCUGCCCUGAAAACACCUUCGUGCCAUUCAGCAUACACUUCGUCGAGCUCGAAUUCUUUCUCCACCACGACCUCUGUCUGCCCGAUCUGUUCGACGGAGUUGAACGAGCUGGCACGAAACAUGCCAUAUGCAAAUCACACCAGGAGCUACGUCGAAAGCGAUCCGAUAGUCUUGCCGAAUGGCCGCAUCUAUGGACAGCAGCGACUACUAGAGAUCAGCAAGGUUUGCUCAGCUGAAACAAACAAGGUCAAGGACCCUACGACUGGAGAAGUUUUUGAUCAAAGUGAGAUGAAGAAGGUUUUCAUUAUGUAGUGACACUAUAUGGACCCCUCGUUCUCUUUCUUCGGGAAUGUUCCUGUGAUGUGGUUUAGACAACUUAAUAUCUGGAAGACAUGUCAUUAACAAGAUGGCUCCCUACUCAAUAGCAUUCACAUUGCGACUGUCUCAAUCGCUAUCGCUGUCCGAAUCGUCUUUCGACCUUUUUCUCUUCCCUAUGUUCACAGUAUCUGGGUGCCCUUCCUGCUUAGCCUCGAAGACAUAUGUCCUUGCUUCUCUAUCUUCACCUUUCCAACCUCCCCUGCCACUGUGUCUGCCCGUAAUUUCACCAAGAGUCCGCGCAUGUGAGUACCCUUCGUAAGAACUCCAGGGAAAUCUAAAGCUAGUAACAACGCGUAGACCAGCAUGACGUGCAAGAUCCCUGAUAUUCCAGAGAGUAUAUGGCUCACCUUCAAACAAGGUGACCAAAAUCUGACCCGGAACUGUUCUGACGUUUCGUCUCUUUCUUCCGGUGCCCGAAUCCGACCCUGCAUCAUCAUCAUUAUCACCCCAGGAAUCACUAGAAUCACUAGAUAGCCAACCCUCCUCGCCCUCAUUAGACUCAACUGGAGAAGACAGCAAGGGCAAACAGGCCUUGAAAAAGGCAACAAGGAGUUCUUGAUUCGCGCGAACUUGACGGUUGACGUCUGUCGACAACCCACCGACAUGGGGGAAAUUAAAACAGAUCAUAUCCCACGGUCCAUCGGCAGUAGUCGAAGAAGGCGGUUGCUUGUUCCUUUCCUUCGCGUUAUUAUUGUCGUUAUUAUGAUGAUGAUUAUGCUUAUCUGCAUUUUCUUGCUUGCCGUUGCUCCUCCAUGCAGGACGCCUAGUAGGCUCUGUCUUUCGUAUGAAGCCAAUGCGGACCUUCUUGCCGCCUCCGGCAGGGAGUCCGAGUUUUCGAGCGUCAACUGAGAAAGCCACAUUUGGCCCAUGGCGGUUGGGAUGUUUGCCUUUGCCUUCCUUCUUCUGAGGAGAAACAUUCUCUCCUUUUUCUUCUCGUUCGCUCCUAGGUUUUUCUGUCAUAUCAUCAUCAUCAUCAUCCUUUCCCUUGGCAGAUAAUACACCAAGGAUGUCUUGGAUAUUCCUCUCUGCUUGCGGGUAUUUGCUGUGAAGUUCCUCUUUGGAGUCGUAGCAGGUGGCCAGGACAUUCCUGCAUCGGUAAUGGACAACUAGAGAUCGGGAAAAUGAAAAGUCUCCUAUUUAAUUUUGAAUCCAGUUAGGAAUUGUUUUGAUCUCCUCUUUCCCUCUUGCAUAAUUAUUUAUCAGCUCUGUUUUUGGAUCCUUUUUAUGGAUAAUAAUAAUAAUAUACAUUGAACUGUUAUUAUUAUUAUUUUCCAGAGCUCCUACACACAAAGAAUCCAGAAAGAAAGAAGAAAGAAACUUACCCUCCCCAACUAACAAAAUACGAUCAUUCCUCCCAAAAGGAACUAUCGGUCGCUGAUUCAGCUGAACACGCGCCCCCUUUUUCGCUUUCGCCGUCGUCCCUUUUACUGCCGUCGAUGUCGCUGUCAUGGAAGUACUGAGCUUCGAGAAGCUUUGCAUUUUCUUCUUGAUUUUCUUUCCAGGCCCGACAUCGUUUCUUUGUGACUCUGGCCUUGGUCUCUGGCGGAGUUUGGGCGCUAACUGUCGUUGUCUUUUUGAUUUUGCCAUAUUUAUCUUUUUU